AUGCAAGCACUGGUAGAGUUUGAAUGUGCUGAAAUCGCCAAAAAAGUGAAGCAUGCCAUCAAUGGUGCCGAUAUCUAUUCUGGAUGCUGUACGCUCAAAGUCGAGUUUGCGAAGCCAGACCAUGUCAAGGUGACACGCCAAGACAACGACCAAUUUGAUUUUACUUUGCCCUACGGUACGUACUUACCAAGGACUUGUGAUUAUGUUUGGGGUCUUAUUUCACUGUAUCUCCUGUCUGAUCUGCAUUUGGACAAAGCGAAUUCUCUCGUUAUUGAGGGCUACAACAGACUGUCUAGGACAGUGUCUUGUCUUGUAUAG